AUGGCUUCCUACCGAGGUGAAGUCACCGCCGGCCAUCCUGAUUUCCCAGAGGGAAGCGCUGCAGCCUGCAGAGAAGCCUUCGGGCCAGUGGACUUGAAUGUGCCUGACAUUGUUUACACUACCAAAGAUGACGAGGUGAUUGAUCGAUUCCACCGCGAUAUUGGUUGCAGAUAUGUCCAUUUCGCCACUGAACGUUGGCACGAACACAUACUCCAUCAGCAAACUAGGGGGCGCCUGUACAAUAGUGUACAAGAUUGUACAGUAUUGUACAAGCAUUACAAUUACACAAGGAAGUCCCCCCUUUACAAUACUGUCACAUACCCCUACAAUCUGUACAUCUUGUUACAAUGCAGACAAACUGCACACAUGAUACAGACCAUACAAAGGAU